CGGCUCCCGCGGGGCGCAGCGCGGCAGGGCGCGCUCCCGGCUGCGGUCAGCGCUCCAGCCUCGCCAGGUGCUGGCAGCGGCAGACGAGGGCUGGACAUCGCCUCCCUGGAGCCCAGCGCAGCCUCAGACCGUUGCACCGAGAAGGAGAAGCUCUGCAAGUUUUUCUCAAUGACUCUAUAGCCAACUGAUGUAACAAUGGUACUAAUAUUGGGACGCAGACUGAACAGAGAGGAGAGCGGGAUACGAGAUUCCCCUGCAACCAAGCGGAAAGUCUUUGAAAUGGACCCAAAAUCCUUGUCAGGCCCUGAGUUUUUCGACUUCUCCUCGGGAUCAUCCCACGCGGAAAGCAUUCUCCAGAUCUUCAAUGAAUUCCGCGACAGCCGCCUGUUCACGGACGUCAUCAUCUGCGUGGAGGGCCGCGAGUUCCCGUGCCACCGCGCCGUGCUCUCGGCCUGCAGCAGCUACUUCAGAGCCAUGUUCUGCAACGACCACAGGGAGAGCAGGGAGAUGCUGGUGGAGAUCAACGGCAUCUUCGCCGAAGCCAUGGACUGCUUCCUGCAGUACGUGUACACGGGCAAGGUGAAGAUCACCACGGAGAACGUGCAGUACCUGUUCGAAACGUCGAGCCUGUUCCAGAUCAGCGUCCUGCGCGACGCCUGCGCCAAGUUCCUGGAGGAGCAGCUGGAUCCCUGCAACUGCCUGGGCAUCCAGCGCUUCGCCGACACGCACUCGCUCAAAACGCUCUUCACCAAGUGCCGCAACUUCGCGCUGCAGACCUUCGAGGACGUGUCCCAGCACGAGGAGUUCCUGGAGCUGGGCAAGGACGAGCUGAUCGAUUACAUCUGCAGCGACGAGCUGGUGAUCAGCAAGGAGGAGCUGGUGUUCGAGGCCGUCAUGCGCUGGGUGUACCGCGCCGUGGAGCUGCGCCGGCCCGUGCUCCACGAGCUGCUGACGCACGUCAGGCUCCCGCUGCUGCACCCCAACUACUUUGUUCAGACUGUGGAAGUGGACCAGCUGAUUCAGAAUUCCCCAGAGUGCUAUCAGCUGCUGCACGAAGCCAGGAGGUACCACAUCCUUGGAAACGAGAUGAUGUCUCCCAGAACUAGGCCACGCAGAUCAACUGGUUAUUCUGAGGUGAUAGUUGUUGUUGGAGGCUGUGAACGAGUUGGAGGCUUUAAUUUGCCCUACACGGAGUGCUAUGAUCCUGUGACAGGAGAGUGGAAGUCACUGGCCAAACUUCCAGAGUUUACCAAGUCUGAGUAUGCUGUGUGUGCUCUGCGGAAUGACAUCCUUGUUUCAGGUGGAAGAAUCAAUAGCCGGGAUGUCUGGAUUUAUAACUCUCAACUUAACAUUUGGAUCAGAGUUGCCUCCUUAAAUAAAGGCAGAUGGAGACAUAAAAUGGCUGUUCUUCUGGGUAAAGUGUACGUGGUGGGAGGAUACGAUGGGCAGAACCGCCUGAGCAGUGUGGAGUGCUACGACUCCUUCUCCAACCGCUGGACCGAGGUGGCUCCCCUGAAGGAGGCUGUGAGCUCCCCAGCUGUCACCAGCUGUGUGGGCAAGCUCUUUGUCAUCGGGGGUGGCCCUGAUGACAACACCUGUUCUGACAAGGUUCAGUCUUAUGAUCCUGAUACCAAUUCCUGGUUGCUCCGUGCCACCAUCCCCAUUGCCAAGAGAUGCAUCACGGCCGUGUCCCUCAACAACCUGAUCUAUGUGGCUGGAGGGCUCACCAAAGCCAUUUACUGCUAUGACCCCAUUGAGGACUACUGGAUGCAUGUACAGAAUACAUUCAGCAGACAGGAGAAUUGUGGCAUGUCUGUGUGUAAUGGAAAAAUCUAUAUCCUUGGUGGAAGACGGGAAAAUGGUGAAGCCACAGACACUAUUCUUUGUUAUGACCCUGCCACGGGCAUUAUCACAGGAGUAGCAGCCAUGCCCAGGCCAGUAUCGUAUCAUGGCUGUGUCACCAUUCAUAGAUAUAAUGAAAAAGGCUUUAAACUGUAACUUUUCUUUGCUUGAAAAAAGAAGAAGAAUGAAUCCAGUGGUCUGCUGCAAGACAGGCUUUUCAAAGAUUCCUGAAGUGGGAAUUCCCUGCCUAAGUGUCAUAUGAAAAUUCUACCCAGUGCCUUUAGAAAAAGGGUUAAUUUAACUUACCAAACAAGUCUACAAACCUAUCCAGUAAGCAGAGUUCAGUUAUAUCUGCUGUGGGCUCUGAUAUGAGAGCAGGACAGUGGUCAGCAAGUUUGCCCUAUGUGUCAUUAGUAAUUAAAACCUGGAAAGCUUUUGGGGAAAGUGCCUUCAGCAUCUGUGCCUGUGUCUUUAAAAGCAAUAUCUUCAAGGUGUUUCCAGUUCUACUAAUGGGAAAAAUGCAUAAGCAAGUAAAUCCCAAAGAGUCAUCCUGCAUCAUUACCUGCAAUUUAAAAAGCUCAAUUACAAUUCAUAUGCAUCAUUCUUAAAACCAACUAGAUUCUUUUUGUCACAUCAUGCAUGGGUUGAAAUUAAAAACACAAACAAAAACAACAAUGCAAAAAGCCAAAGCAAAACCAAAACACCAACAAAACAAGCUACAUUGGACAAAUAAGAGAAUCUCUGAGAAAUGCUUUCUUCUGAAGGACAGACUGGCUGUUUGGUGAGCUACUACAACACAACUGCUGUGAUGCCUGUAUACAUUAACCCUGUGGAACUUACUCAUAGUGCUCAUAAAUGUCCAGCAGAGAAGUACAAGGCUACAUGACAUGGAAAAGCAGUGGGUUCAGACAUGCACCUGUGAGGCAAAGUUUGAAUCACAGUUUUUACCUUUUUGAAUAGUAUGGGUGAAGGCUGAGAGUUAUGGGGUUCACUCUUUGCUCACUGCAAUGUCUAAACUACUUAGGAAAUAAAGGGAUGUUGAACUCUGCAUUCUCAGUUUUCUGAAUCGUGUUAUAAAUUACCUGGUGAUAGAGGUGGGGACUUGAGUUUGUGCCCUACAGGUUAUAAAUUGCUUUUUGGAUGUCUCAUCUGCAGAGAUGGCAGAGUAUCCAGCAAGUAUUUCUUGGCCUUUCUUCAGACAAUCACUUACUGUAGCACAGUUAAACUACUGCAUAAGCUGCUUGGCCACAGAUAAAGAAAUUGUGGAAAGGUUCCUCCUUUCACCAGAAAAAUAUCUGGACCUGUCCAUGUAGCCAUAUGACGUGUUUUGGGAAAUUCUGAAGCCUAGGAAGCACCUGCAUUUUGAUGCACCACCAUUACUGGGUUGGGGUUUUUUCAGUAAAGGUAUUUUUUUGAGUCCUCCCUAGAUUUCUGUACUAGGAUUCCUUAUUUCCAGUACACAGUUGUACAGUUGAGGCACAAAGUUCAUAAAAACUGAAAUAGCACUUGUGAGAUGGAAAAUGAAUAGGAUUGUCUGUGUACCAAUUUCCUGUAAAUCACCAAAAACCUCAGGAACUGCUUUCCAAAGGAAUUCUGAGGACAGCAGCCAGUAAGGAAAUUGGUCAGUGCCAGGGCAGAAAAACCCCAUAAAACCCCUGCAGAGCCAGCCCUGGCCUCGGGGUUCUGGUCUCUGUGCUUGCUCAGGAGGGUGAAAACAAGCACCAUCUCUGGAACGUUGUUUGUUCCACUGGACUUUCCUCAUCUGUUUUCCCAGAGUAUUUCUUCAUGAGAUGGAAAUUCUGACCCUCAGUGAAGCUAUGCCAAACUGGGAGUCACCAUUUUCAGUAACAUGGUCAUGAGUUUUAAAGAGCACUGGGAGCUGCACUUUGGGAUGCAUUAACUUGUAACCUCAGGAAAGGACACAAAUUUCAGUUUCUGCCUGAAUACCAAACACUGCUUUUGAUAUGGUAAGAAUACUGAUAAAAUACAAAUCAUUGCAUAUCAGUGAUGUAAUCAGGAGGUCAGUCCCUGAGCAUUCACAUUGCCCUAAAAAGAAAAUCCAUUGAUAUAAUAUAAGACAAAUGAAUCAGGUAAAUUAAUCCUUUUCUAAGUUUCAUCUGUUUUGCUCACCAAGUUGUACUUUGAAAUGGCAAUUUCUGCCCCUGUGAAUAGGGUCUGUUGAUUGCAAUGGUAAUUGCCCUGUAACUGACUGUAUGUACUAACAGCAUAUAUAGCUUAUGCCAUUGUUGUAAAUAAAAAUGACAAAGACUAUAGGAGCACUUCAUUACAGGUGCAAUUUGAAAAAUAUCCUCCUUUCCUUUGAUUUCCUCUUGUUUGUAUUCAGACUUGUAAUGUUGUCAUGCUCUACUGUUUUUAAACAGUGCUCAUUCUGUCAUUUAAUCUGUGUUUAUGAUACUGCACUACUCUGUAAAUAACAAGAUACUGCUUUCCAAGGUUUUUAAGACUAAUUUUAUCGUUUAGUUGUCUUUUCUUACCAAUUUAUGUACUGUUACUGUUACCUGUUUUUGAAAAUGACAGUGUUUAAUGAACCAGUAAAUGCAGAAAUGUAGAUGCAGAAAACUUCUGCUUACAGUUCUUCAGAAUGUGUAUCAAAGCUGAACAGUUACAGGUGUGGAGCACUGCUAAAUGGCAGUUACCUAAGCAAUGAUUUCUUUAAAACAGGCAGUGAGUUUUUCCUCUUGAUUGUUUACUCUGUAAAUAAUUUGCACUUAUGGCCUUCUCUCUUAUAACAGUUAUUUUUAGAUAUACUAGAAAAGAACAAUUUGACCUUGAUGUAAUGAAAAUGUGCCAUAUUUCUAGAAGGAUGCAUUAAUUUGGAAGUUGCAUUCCUGAGCCACUUGUUCUCCAAUGCAUUUCACUUAGGUAGAGAUGGAUUCAAAGAUUUAACCUCUCACUCUUACGCAUAUCUAGAUGCUUGCAGUUUAUGGGCUUGAGCAGCAAGUUGGUUUUAGCUUUUCCUUUGUCUCAGCUAGGAUAGAAAAUCAUUAAUGUCAUCUACUAUGAUCAAAUUAUUUCCAUCAUAAAUGGCAGUAGCUCUAGAGCACCUGCACGAAGAUGUAACUUCUGUCCAUCCAUGCAUUGAAGGGCUCAAACAUCUCCAAGUCACACCUAAAAAAUAAAUUCUAAAAAUUGUCUUCACUCUGCUAAACAGAAAUGAGUAAAUAUUUUUCUUCUCUGUUUUGAUAUCCACUUCUGUUCUUAGCAGUGUGAUGUUAAUUGAAGACACAGUUGAUGCUUUCUUGCAGCCAGGCUUCUGGAAGGUUCUGAAUCACUUACUGAUCAGUGCAGCCUGUAGCCCUCGGCUUGUGGCUGAAGCAUUCCCCUUUUGCAGCCAUCAGCCACAGAAUAUUUCCUGCUCACCUGGUAGUUGUAGCUGUAGACUCCUUCCUUGGGAGUGGUUCAGCAGGCACAAUCUGUGGAAUCUCUUCCAUUUUAUACUGUGUGUCUGGGGGAUUGGGCACUGUGCUUCCCCUCCAGCACCAAGGGGUCCAGACUGAACUGUUAUUUUUUUCCUUUGACUGGCACCAAUGCAGUUCUCAUCAAAGGCAGCUUUGUUUGUACUCUGCUGAAGCAGAGAUGUUCAUGCAGAUUAUGUUGAUAUGGACCCUUAUCAUAAUUUAGUGAAGCUUUUUAAAUAGUAUUGUUAACAUGGCAAACUUUUGAGAGAGGCUGAUGGUGGAGGAAGAGGAAAUGCUCACGUGGACAGAGAUCCAGAGGAAGCUUUGGUCACCUGUGCUUGAGAGCAAGGAUGCUGCUGCCUGUUCAGUUUUUCCUCAGACAGCUGAGUUGCCCUCAUUCUCCCAGGCAGACCCUUUGUUUGUCCUGUUUGUGUUUGCCUUGCUGCACGGACAGGACAAGCAGCACUCGCUGCCUGUGACUCCACAUUUCCCCUGCCCGAGGCACAGGGGGUGCUGCUCAGCAGAGCCCGGGCUGAGGCCAGCCCUGGAGAGCAGGGACAGGAGAAAAGCAUUGGAGCAGGCUCAGAGGUGGCAGGAGGACACCCAGUGUGGCUGGGGGUUCAGUUUGGCUGGGCUUGCUGAAACCAGGGUGUCCUAAGUUUGUAACUCCAGAUGCUGAAACUCAGGUGGUAAAAAUGGUUCAUAUUUGUCAAUUCACUGAACUCAGCUGGAGCAGUAAAGAUGCAGACAUGCCAAUGGUGUGCUAGUGGCAAUGCUCAGGAAAACCAGGGCUUCAUUUUUCUGAAUUGCCCAAAUAGGCACGUUGCUGUCGGGUUCAUUUUUACCACUGAAGAGGGCAAAACCCAAUUCAAGAGCAUUAAGAAUCUCACAAGACUUGAUCAUUGUGAGGCACAAUGAAUAUUUUCAUCUGAAUGUAAUCUUAUGUACACAAGAAAUGACAAAUGAAAUGAUUUAUUGUGCUUGGCUAAGAAAAUCUGAGCACCAUAUACUCAGAAAAGGAGCCUAGAGGGUAAGAUGAAAUUGCUAAGCAGAAACCUGCUAUCUGGUUGGGGGCCAAGCAGUGCUUUGGGUUUUGUAAAAUAUGUUUAGCACACAAGUUUCCUCAGUAUGGAAUUAUUUCAGAUGGCAUUAAUUAAAGUGGAACACGAUUGUGUAACCAGCAGCCUCCCACCAGGCCCAAGCCAGCUGUGACUCUCUUCCCUGCUCAUUGCCUUUGUGUCACACACAAGUUCAUGAAAACAUUACUGUCUAAGAACUGUAAGCUGUUUGCAGGAAUAUUCCUUUUUUCCUACUGUAGAGAUCCAGUCAAUGCUAGUAUGUUUAUGUGUGCACAUCUGUAUGUGAAUUAUUUUGUGAUCAUUCUCUGAUAAAGGCUCUGUGUACAACUUGUUAAUAGUGUAAUUAGGGCUUAGUUUGUAUGAUUAGCUCCAAAGAAAAUACUGUGUGUUAAUUUUGAAAAUACCUGUGCCUUGAAUUCACCUGUAUUUUUAUCUAUUGUGAAGAAGAGCUUGGAUUACUCCUCCCAGUUUGUUAUCUUUAUUAUGAUUGGUCUGACUGUCCAGACUGUUAAUGUCCUCCUAGGAGAAAUAAAUCUUGCCAUUCAUUAAUUAGCACAGUUUAACUUCUUGUUUAGAACAUGCCUAGAAUGCUUCCAUUAUUACAGUGCUAUGGCAGAUUUCAUCUAGAGAAAUCAGUAUUUGUUUUUUUCUAUUUUUUGUUUCCAGCAACACCUCAGUGACAAAGGACUGAGUUUAGUCUUUGACUUCCUGUCCUUAACAUGUGCAGUUUCUUGUAUUAGUCAGUAGCCUCUGUGAUAUUUCUGAACUCUCCAAAGUCAUCAACCUCUUGUUCAAGAUACAAAAUAUGAAGCAAUAAUAUGGUGCAGCAUGGCAAUAAGCAAAUCAAGAGACUUGAAUGUAAUGUACUGUUACUAAUUUCAUCUGUGUAAAUGCUGGACCUAUGAGUCAUUCUCCUUCUGGUGCACCUGUAGCACUUUGGAGUUGGAUUAAUAGGAACUACUUGGCCAUGGAAAGAGAGUUUACCUCCUGAACUGUUACUCAUAUGAUAUUUUCACCUGAAAUCAUAUUUUCAUUUUCCUUUUUUUGCUGAGGAAAACAGCAGUUCUUGUUAUUCCUUGCCAGUUCCUUUAUUUACUGAAACAUAAAAGCUGUAGUUCCACGGAGAGCUGAUCUUGCCCUCAAGAACAGCCUGGUGCAGCACAAAUGACAUUUGAGCAGGAAAGCUCAGACCACUUACUGUGUGCCAGACUCGAUGUAACAGAUCUCACAUAUAACAUUAAGGUCUUCAGAUUGUGCUGACAGUAGAAAAGUGAUUUUGUAAGGUAGCACAAUUGCAGUAACACCUGUUAUAUUUAAAUAUACUUCUUGCAUAAUUCUUUGAAAGUUUUUUAAAGUUCAGUAUAUCUAAUAAACAUUUGCCUUUUGAA